AGGGCAAUCACAUUCGUCUUCAAUUACAGGACCUGAAAUAAUAUGGAAUAUAUAGGCGAAUCUUCAAAACGCUACCCUCGGCUUGCAGACAUCUUGCCAGCUGACAUCACAGCGUAAAUCUUAAGUUGCAAGCAAAUGGCGUCUCACAGGUGGAGUUCGUUGCGUCAAAUUUCACAAAUCAUGACAGAAUUCUAACUUUAAUAAUGUUUUCAUUGUAAAUUAAAGGAUAAUUCCAUUGCGUGAGGCUACGUCAUUGUUCACAAUAACGCAUUUACAAUGAACGAAGUAAGCGGUGGGAAGCAGGAUAUGGCAAGCACUUCUGCUUGGGAAGCGCUGACUUCACAAUCUGUGCAGCCUUUACCGUCGAUGCACCAUCAUCAUCUUCAGCAUCAACAACAACAACAUCAACAUCCACCUUUGCAACAAGAGCCGAAUCCUCACAUUACACAAGUUAUCGUCCCUACACCCGUUAAGCUGCAAGCUCCUGUUCUUUCAUCCCCUCAACAUGUCGAGCAUUGCUCUGUCCUUACGCAAUUACAACAACAGCCUCCCCUGGUUGCGCAGGCUCCAAUGUUAAAUGCUUUUGCAGAGCCGGAACUGUCCAUCGAACUUCAACAACAAGGAUGGAAGAAGUUUUGGAGUAAGCGAGAAAAUCGGCCUUAUUUCUGGAAUAAAUUGACUGGAGAGUCAUUGUGGGUGAUGCCGUCGUUAAAACCUCAGUUUGAUCCAAUCACCGAUCCACUGGGAAUUUGCGGAGUUCCCUCAAUGCCAUCUGUGCCAGGAAAUGGACAAAUGCCUCCGGGUACACCCGGAGGGCCUCUUAAACGCCGAGCCUCCGAAGAUGGAAAUGCAAUACAAACGGUUAAAAAGUUUAUAUUGGCUGGUCCAUGGGACUUGGAGAUUCCCACGAAUGUGAUCAUCUACGAGAGAGCUCCUUCAAAUUUGCCCCACGUGCAUCCUGAUGCAGAAGCUUUGCGUUGUGGUCUUCUCGCGAAAUUGCGUCAAUGCUACCAAGAGCUCUGCCACACCCGCGAGUCGAUAGACGCACCAAAGGACUCCUUCAAUCGAUGGCUGAUGGAGCGAAAAGUGAUAGACUGUGGUUCUGAUCCACUCUUACCCAGUCAGUGUUUUCCCGAGAUCUCGAUGUCCAUGUAUCGCGAGAUUAUGAACGACAUCCCGAUUAAACUUGUGCGACCCAAGUUCACCGGCGAUGCGAGAAAACAACUUUCCCGGUAUGCAGAGGCCGCGAAAAAGAUGAUUGAGUCGAGAGCGGCGUCUUCCGAGAGUAGAAAGGUUGUAAAGUGGAAUGCUGAGGACACUUUUCAGUGGCUGAGGAGGACAGUUGGGGCAAACUUUGACGAUUUCCAAGACAGACUGACACACCUGAGGCGCCAGUGUCAACCGCACCUGACAGAAACCGUCAAGGCCAGCGUCGAGGGAAUCUGUCUAAAGAUCUACCACCUCUCGACGGAGUACGCGAAAAAAGUGAAGGACAAGAACACCCAAAUCCUGAAGGACAAUGGCCUGGCGGACAUUAUUCCUCUGGGUGGUCCGGCCAGUACUCAGCGAAAAGUCUGGUGUUACCCGGUGCAAUUCUCUCUUCCCGCGCCACGACUUUCGCAAAUCGACUAUCUUCCCGAGCGUGAGCAAACGAUGCUGCGCUUCCACGGCGACACCGUCUGCAUCAACAACAUGCAUUUGACGAAGCUCGAGCAUCUCUACAGGUAUAACUGCUUCGACGACAAAAAAUUUGAGAUGUUUCUGCCGCGAGUUUGGUCCUUGCUGAAGAGGUAUCAGACCUACUUGGGCAUCAACGAGGGCCACGCGACACAAAUGGCGCUGCCCGUCACCGUCUUUGAGUGUCUUCAGCGAUCCUUCGGCGUGACCUUUGAGUGUUUCGCGUCACCGCUAAACUGCUACUUCAGACAGUACUGUUCAACGUUCGCUGACACGGACUCGUACUUUGGAUCGAGGGGACCAUUCCUCGAUUUCAGGCCCGUGAGCGGAUCCUUUCAGGCGAAUCCGCCCUACUGCGAAGAACUGAUGGAGGCAAUGGUCAAUCACUUCGAGAGGCUCUUGUCUGACUCGGCAGAACCUCUCUCGUUCAUCGUUUUCUUGCCCGAGUGGCGAGAUCCGGCGCCGAAUGCUCUUUUGAAACUUGAGGGCAGCCACUUUAAACGCAAACAGGUUGUGGUGCCAGCGAUGGAACACGAAUACAGACAUGGGCUUCAACAUAUACUGCCAAAGGGAGAAGUCAAUAUAAGAGGCAUAUACGGGACUCUGGUCGUCUGGUUGCAAAAUGCAGCCGGCGUAUCGAGAUGGGGACCAACUGAAGAGAGAGUCGAGUCUCUGCUGGAAGCGUGGAGACCAGGAAGAGAACGGGAAAGAGACCGACAGGAACUUCUUUCUCCUCCCAGACAAGCGCAUCAGCCGAUGCCCUCUACUCCCAUGACUGGACCCCCAAUUCCCAUGACUCCUAUGACUCCCACAACACCAGCAAUGACACCCCUAAAUCAACCACUCAAUCAGCCUCUCACGCAAACGCUCACACAAUCCCAAAAUCAACCCUUGAACCAAACCAUGUCCCAACCUCUGAACCAAAAUCUCACUCAACCUCAAAACCAAAACCAAUCCCUGAAUCAAAGCCACCACCAACUCUUGAAUCAGCCUUUGUCGCAAAGUAUGACCCAGCCUCUCACCCAAACUCUCUCCCAGUCUAUGACACCCACGCUCUCGACUCAUCCCAUAUGAGAAGAGAAAGCCUCGAGCGGUCAGAGAACUUUUACUCUACAGUUAAAACAGGUCUGGAACUUACUCUCUUCAAUUGCAACUAUAAUCGCAGAUCUUGAUUUACAGACGAUAGAAUUUAUUCUCCAGCUCUUUCUCUAGAUCGAGAGAUCUUAUUAGACAAGAAAACCUGAUCGUAAAUAGAUUUUAUACAGCACAUUUAGGGAUAUUCAAGAUAUAUUUUAAGCUAUUGUAUAAAAGAAAGGAAAAAAAAGAGUCGCUCCUGUCUCAAAGCGCGGAGCGAUUUCUUGAAUUUAGUGAGUUGGUUUUACAGAUUCAUUUAAAGCUUUGAUAGGUUUAAAGAAGAAGCUUCUAUGCGAUUUAUUUUCUAAGGUUUCUCAUUUGUUCUAUCUAAAGGAUGAAUAUUAUCCUUGUGCACUUCUAAGUUCACUUAGCAUAUUUUGUAAAGUAAUUUAAUUAUAUA